GAUUGGCUCGCAGUCCCGAACGAUCGUGUUCGUUGGUAAGUGCAAGGGGGGAAACAUUCCACCCUGCAAAUCUGUGGUAAAUCAACCGUGAAAAUGUGAAGAAGGUGUAGUUUUGCUUAACGUUAUCUCAAAGCUGUUGUGUUGGGGAUUAUUAUCUAAGAAAAAAAAACUGGUAAGCAUACAAAUUAGGGAACAACUUAUGCGCCAAUACACGAUCAUAUGUGUUUUGUUUUGCAUAACCGCAAGCAUAAGUGCAUUUGAUCCAACUCGUUGCAAUUGCAGUGCGAAAGUAGACGAAGCAGUGGAAGAGCCCUUAUUAGUUUAAUUAAAAAACGCACACACUCACACACACACCACGCAUCCGUAACUAAGCAACCAGAGAUCGUUUAUCUUCGGUGCAUUCGGUGCAAACUGCAAACUCUACAGUUCAGUAGCAGUACGCGGGGCAAAGUCCCCGUAUUUCCACCGUCGUCUGUCGCAUGUCUCUCGGUUGGGUGUAUGGGCGAGAGCUCGCGCGCGCCCUCUCUCGUUAUCUGAUAAAGGGAGAAAGGUAUGUUAGGCAGGGGGGGGGGGGAGGGAGGGCGAGGUUGGUUGUCGUCGCGGGAAAGCGAGCGAUAGCAUUGCGCUCCAGUGUGCGCGCGGGGUUGUUCGCCAAUAAAACCAGUCGCGCAAGCGGUUAGUUUACGGAAGCGCGUCAACUAGCGCAGACGCAAAAGUGAGGGAUCGUACGCAACUACUAGCACUGCUUGCUAUUGUGCGCGAAGAGCUUUGGGGGAAAGGUCAUUGGCUUUAAGGGUUAGCGCGAUCAAACGGACGGCUACAUCGAAUCGAACCGAGUGCGUAGACGAGCUGCCGUAUAAAAUUAUUCCUCGAUCGUUUCUAGAAGUGUGACCAACCCCCGUGCACAAAAUGCCGGCAUCCACGGUGAACAAGGAUCUGCAGGCGGAGCGGGAUAAGGGUAGCUUCGAUAGGAACGAGUUCACCCUCUGGUGGGUCGGCGGCAAGGAAAAGCUGAAGGAAAAGCAGGAUCUAGAAACCUUUUUGGCCAACGAUCCCGACUUCCACAACGAAACGCCGAUCCACUUCCUGUCCCACAAGGAGCUGUACGAGGAAACGAUCCGCCAGGCGACGGCCAUCUUCCGCAAGGUGCGCAAAUUCCACGAAGAUCGAGGCAAUGGCGAUCCGUCCAACUACAUGCAAAUUCUGGGCGGUCUGCUCGGCAACGGUAUCAUCCGGCAGGGCAAUCCACUCGGCAUCCACUUUGCCAUGUUUGUGCCGGCCCUGCUCGGGCAUGGAUCGCCGGAACAGCAGGCGGAAUGGUUGCCCCGUGCGUUGAAGUGUCAGCUGCUUGGGACGUACGCACAGACCGAGCUGGGUCAUGGGACGUUUCUGCGCGGGCUGGAAACGACCGCCACGUACGACGAGCGGACGGAGGAAUUUGUGCUGGAAAGUCCUACGCUCAGCUCGUACAAGUGGUGGCCCGGAGGAUUGGCACACACGGUUAACUAUUGCGUGGUGAUGGCGCAACUGUUCUCCAAAGGAAAGUGUCACGGCAUCCAGCCGUUCAUCGUGCAGCUGCGCGACGAGGAGACGCACAUGCCCAUGAAGGGGAUUGUGAUUGGGGAGAUUGGCAACAAGCUCGGCAUGAACGGGGUGAACAAUGGCUAUUUGGGCUUUGAAAAGGUGCGCAUUCCGCGCAAGAACAUGCUGAUGAAGAACGCCAAACUGCUGGCGGACGGUACGUUCGUGAAGCCACCGUCGCAGGCGCUCACCUACGGCACGAUGAUGUUUGUGCGCGUCAUAAUCGUGCGCGAUACGGCGCUCCAUCUGGCCAAGGUGGCGACCAUCGCCGUGCGGUACUCGUGCGUCCGUCGCCAGAGUCACAUCAAUCCGGAUCAACCGGAAGUGCAGGUGAUUGACCAUCUGACGCAGCAGUACAAACUGUUCCCUUCGAUUGCGCGCAGCAUCGUGUUCAAGCUGACGUCGGACAAUCUGUGGGAGAUGUACAACCAGGUGACGUCCGAGCUGGAUCAGGGUAAUUUGGAGCGACUGCCGGAGCUGCACGCGAUCGCCUGCUGUCUGAAGGCGGUCACUACGGCCGAUGCGGCCAAGAGUGUGGAGACGCUGCGUAUGGCUUGCGGUGGGCAUGGCUACAUGACGUGCGCUAACUUCUACAACACGUACGGCUUCGUGACGGCCGCCUGUACGUAUGAGGGGGAGAAUACGGUUCUGUUGCUGCAGACGGCCAGAUAUCUUAUCAAGGUGUGGAACCAGGCACUGAAGGGACAACCGCUGGGGCCGACGGUGCAAUACCUGAACAGCUUCAUCCAGAGCCGAAACAAUCGCCAUGCGUGGAUUGAUACCGUGCCUGGUAUUGUGAAGGCACUGCAAACGGUGGCUGCUGGCAAGCUGCGCCUGGCGAACGAGCACGUGGAGCAGCGCAAAAAGGCCGGCUACACGCACGAGGAGGCGGUCAAUCUGACCUCGCUCGAGCUGGCCCAAACGGCCGAAGCGCACUGCCGCGCCUUCCUGGUGCAGUCCGGGCACGAGAUGAUCGAGAAGCUCUGCCAGAGGGUGUCGCCCGCCCUGGCGAAGGUGAUGCGAACCGUUGGCGAGCUGUACGCUUACAACGAAGCGCUCGACUCGAUCGGUAGCCUUGUUCGGUUCACAACGAUCAGCGAGAGUGACAUUAAUCGACUGCAGUCCAAGCUGGAAUCGGCCCUGCUGGCCAUCCGGCCGAACGCGGUAAGCAUUGUGGACGGGUUUGCCAUCCCGGAUGUGCUGCUCGGCUCGCCGCUCGGUGCGUACGAUGGCAACGUUUACGAGCGGCUGUACGAGGAGGCCCAGAAAAGUCCACUCAAUAAGGAACCGGUUAACAAAUCAUUCCAUCUGUAUUUGAAACCGUUCAUGCGCUCGAGCUUGUAAAAAGGAGCUUGCAGCCGGGCUCAAUCAACACACCCACGCUUGAGUGGGUCGAACAUGGUGCUACCAAUCGUAUGUUAUCGGGGGUUAUGGGAACUGUUAUCUACAUGGGCUAUAAUAAACGACGUUAUUCAAAACUGAUUAACCUUAAA